AUGCACAUUUUUGAGGACAGUCCGCCAAGCCGGGCUAUAUUCUGGACAAGUAAAUGCAAUUCUUCUAGCAAAUGUUAUUAUAAACAAAAUAAAGAAAUUUUAGACAACAAUCAAAAUAGUAAAAAAAAGCUCUUAAAACAACCGCUGAACAAAAAUUUGGUGAAAAUGUGGAAGUUCAGUAUGAUAGCUAAAAUCUCAGGGAAUAAAGAACGUCAUGCCUUCAAUGUCAAAGUAAAGGCCUUACUAUCACAACUAAUUUGCUUCACAAUUUUAGAUAAACAGUGGGCCAGGUUACCAAUAGCACCUGAUGCUGAAAAGUUGGCACUUGGACAGGUUAGUUAUCAUUGUUUGGGAAGAAAGAAAGGUUACAUUGCAGCAAUAUUUCUUCUUGAAAGGAAAAAAACAUUUUUUCCCCAAAACUGUCUUUACAGGUUUGUGGGGAGAAAAAAAGUGAGGUGUAAUUUGUUCAUCAAAUUCGACCGCGAAAAUUUUGCUACAAUUGCCUUAAAUGACUUAAAUCGUAAUGACGUUUUUGCCAAGCAUGUUUCGCAGACUUUUGAAAUAUUUUCUUAUUCAGGUGAAGAAUGCAAGCGGCGGAGGGGCAACUUCCCGGAUGACGGUUUCGUUAUCAAGGCAUUAUAUUUUCCAUUUUUAGCCUUUAAAAAGAAACAUGGUAUUCAAAAGCCACGAAAACAGUUAAAAGCAAAAGGAAAUACUCAGGAAGCAAACAGGCAAGAAAGGGCGAUGAAAACCUCCCUGGCACUAGAUCAAAAAGCCGAAAAAACAGCGACAAAAUUAUCUACUACUGCAGGUAUGAUCCAUUCCGGGACUUCACAACAAUCACCACGUAAAACUAACACUAUACGUACAAUGAAUAAAAGAAAUUAG